UAUUUUUUUUUUUUGUUACAGAUAAAUCCAGUACAAAACUGUCAACAUUAGUAAAAUAGGACAUUAGGAAAAAUGCCAGCGGAAACGAAAACUGCCACCGCUGCUACCGAGGCUGAUACGCCUUCGAAGAAUAAAAAAGCGAAUACGACCGGAAAAGCUGGACUGGCACGUGUCACGUUGCUUGAUGGCUCUCUGCUUGAUGUCACAAUCGAUCGUAAAGCCAAGGGCCGCGACCUGCUUAACACCAUUUGUGCUGGGCUUAAUAUUGUGGAAAAAGACUACUUCGGUUUGACUUAUGAAACGCCCGUAGAUCCACGCACCUGGUUGGAUUUGGAUAAACCAGUUUCUAAGUUUUUCCGUAGUGAUCCUUGGGUGCUACAAUUCGCAGUGAAAUUUUAUCCACCGGAGCCUGCACAGUUGCAAGAGGACAUUACUCGCUACCAGCUAUGUCUGCAAGUGCGUAACGAUAUCCUCGAAGGUCGUUUGCCAUGCACAUUCGUCACGCAUGCUCUGCUAGGUUCGUACCUAGUACAAUCGGAGAUGGGCGAUUAUGACCCGAAAGAGAUGCCCGAUCGCCGUUAUUUGAAGGACUUUAAAAUAGCACCAAACCAAACACCAGAGUUGGAGGACAAGGUCAUGGAUUUGCACAAGACUCACAAGGGCCAAGCACCUGCUGAAGCAGAAUUGCAUUACUUGGAAAAUGCCAAGAAACUAGCUAUGUAUGGGGUAGAUUUGCACCCGGCCAAAGAUUCGGAGGGUGUUGACAUCAUGCUGGGUGUCUGCGCAUCGGGGUUGCUUGUGUACCGAGACAAAUUACGCAUCAAUCGCUUCGCAUGGCCCAAGAUUCUUAAGAUUUCUUACAAGCGUCAUCACUUCUAUAUCAAGAUACGUCCCGGGGAAUUUGAGCAGUAUGAAUCCACUAUUGGCUUUAAAUUGGCCAAUCAUCAGGCAGCUAAGAAAUUGUGGAAGUCAUGUGUGGAGCACCAUACAUUCUUCCGGCUUAUGACUCCCGAACCACCGACCAAGUCAUCACUGUUCCCUCGUUUCGGUUCAAAGUACAGAUACUCAGGGCGCACUUUGUAUGAAAGUAAGCGGAAUCCAAUUGAUCGUACAGCGCCGAAGUUCGAUCGGAGUUUGUCUGGUAGACGUUUGACAUCGAGAAGCAUGGAUGCUCUCGCAAUGGCCGAGAAGGAGAAAGAUGCUCAGAAACGUCACACCAUGGGACAUCCACCAGAGCAUAUUCCCGAUUUUGAUUCACCACGUAGUCGAAGUCCAUUGAAAAAGGAUAAGAAAGAGAAGUUGAAACGUGAAUCGAGCACUGGUACAGCUUCCGCCUCUUCGCAGAGCUCACUCGAAGGCGAUUAUUCGACCCAUACCGGUGCUGAUGUGGCAGCCGGCGAGUCAGCUUCGGCCGUCGCCUAUUUUGGCAAGGAUCAGGUUAAUUUCAUUUUCAACAGUCAAUUUCUAUAUCUCCAUAUUUACUAUAGCUAUUAUCGUAUACAUACAUACAUACAUAAAUACAAUAAUUUUCUUGAACUCAGUUCCUUAAGUUAGAAGUUUUUAUUGCCUUAUUUCCUUCUUUAUUUAUCUAUUUUAAUUAGUUGUUAUGUAUUUUUUGAUCUCAGCUUUAUGUGUCUUGUUAUUUUACAUUCUUGUCACUCAGAGUCCGUGAAUCAAUCAAAUCAGUAUUAUUGAUAUUUGGUAAUUGGUGUCGAAUUUGCUCGAUAAUUUAACGCUUUACCUAGUCAGUACGCUUAAAAAAAGAAUUUUUGCUUUAGCCUAAGUCAAUUUACAAAUGAAUUCAAGCAUAUAUGAACCCAAAAUAUUUAUUCUGUACUUACCUAUGUACAUACAUAAAGUAGUCUCAAAUGUGAUACAUUUUAAAAUAAAAAAGCCUUAAUCCUUAAUUUUAAGGUACAAGGCUACAUAGCGUACCACCAAAUUAAUGAAUAAGCGACCAUUAUUUUAAAGUUAACCACAUCUGAGGCUAUUUUAAGUAGGUAAGUAAAAGUUUUCCAUAUGUAUGUAGUUGUAGGGCUGCUCAAAUAAGGGUAGUGUGGUACAAUCUAUUUAGUACGAUUCACGUUGCUUUCAUUCUUUACUGUGUUUAGGAAAACUCCAUAAAUGGGAUUUUGGAAUUAUAAUGACAUUUCUAAAGCUUCGAAUCCGAACAUACAAUUUUGUUUUUAGAAUAAAAACACAAAACACCUUUUAAUAGUUUUAUUUAAAGCCAAAGAAAGAGAAAAAACUUGAAAAAUAAUACAAAAAUGUAAACUCACAAUAUAUUCAGUAGCGAGAAUAUAUGUAAAUAGGAAAACGGAAUUUCAGCAAGUUCUAGCUACUCUCCUUUGUUUAAAAAAUGUUUAUUAUUUUUUAAUGAAAAUAUAACUUCCUGUCUAAAAAAACACG